GUUAAAAGCCCACGAGUGAGUGCUUGUGAGACGGAGACGAGCUCUGCACAAUUGCAGAUGGAGAGUGACAGUGAUCCUCAUGUGGCCUUGCAAAACCCUAUCGAUGGAGGAAGAAGGCCGACGAUGGAGAAGGAAGAAGAAGAGAAGCCGAAGGUGGUGGUGAUAAUGGGUCCCACUGGUUCAGGAAAAUCCAAACUGGCCAUUGAUUUAGCAUCCCACUUCCCCAUUGAAAUCAUCAACGCUGAUUCCAUGCAGGUCUACUAUGGUCUUGAUGUCCUCACCAACAAGGUCCCCCUCCAUGAUCAAAAGGGAGUUCCUCACCAUCUGCUGGGGACUGUAAGCCCAAACGCGGAAUUUACAGCUAAGAAUUUCCGGGAUUCUGCUAUUCCUCUUAUCACCGAAAUACAGUCACGCAACCACUUGCCAGUUAUUGUUGGGGGUACUAAUUACUAUAUUCAGGCUCUUGUAAGUCCAUUCCUUUUAGAUGAUACAGCAGAUGAUUUGGAUGAAAACUUUCAGAAUCAGUCUCCUGGAGAUGAGCAGACUGAUCAGGUGCCUGAGUUUGGGAGAAGCAGUUUCAAUAGCUAUGAUUAUCUUAAAGACCUUGAUCCUGUUGCAGCUAACAGAAUCCAUCCAAAUAACCAUAGAAAAAUUAAUCAGUGCCUUAAUUUGUAUGCUCGUUUUGGUAUUCUCCCUAGCAGAAUUUAUCAGGGAAAGGCCGCAGAGAACUGGGGUCGCGUUGAUAAUUGUAGAUUUGAUUGCUGUUUUAUUUGUGUUGAUGCUGCUAUCCCUGUGCUGGACCAAUACGUGGGGCAAAGAGUAGACUGCAUGAUCGAUGCUGGAUUACUGGGUGAAGUUUAUGAUAUUUACAAUCCUAAUUCAGAUUAUACCCGAGGUUUGCGACAAGCCAUUGGAGUACGGGAGUUUGAGGAUUUUCUUAGAGCUUACCUUUUGGCAGGCAGGAAUGAUAAAGCAAGUGAUUCUACUAAUGAAUCUCGCUUCAUGAUGUCAGCAAACAAGGACAAAAUAUUGAAAAAUGAUAUUUGGGAGGUCCUCUAUUCCUCUGAUAACAAUGAACUCAAAGUUCUUUUAGCUGAAGCCAUUGAUAAAAUGAAAGCAAAUACCCGAAGACUUGUCCGUCGUCAAAAGAGGAUGCUUACUAGGCUUCAAACAUUGUUUGGGUGGAAUAUUCAUUAUGUUGAUGCGACAGAGUCUAUAUCAUGCAAAUCUGAUGAAUCAUGGUAUAUACAAGUGGUUGGAUCAGCAGUGGAAAUUAUCAGAUCUUUUCUGAGUGAGGAUGGGAGAUCACUGCUUGAUUUGGGGGCUUGUGAUGGUGCUAGAAUGAAAACAAUCGAAAGGAACUUGUGGACGCAGUAUGUAUGCAAGGCUUGUGGGGAUAGAGUGCUUAGAGGAGCUCAUGAGUGGGAGCAGCACAAACAGGGCCGUGGGCAUCGAAAACGAAUUUCUCAGCUUCGGAAGCUUCAAGGGCAAGGCUUUUCUUUGGUAGAGCAGGAUUUCCAAACCAUAAAUAAUGACCAAGUUUCAGGAUCAAAGAUUUCUAGUCACAAGCUGGAAUCAUCUCAAUGAUCAGAAAGUAUUGAUUCUGUAUUGUUUUCUCUGCUGGCUGUUUUCCAGAAAUUGUGUACUGUUAUAUUUAUUUCUUUAUUUUUUUUGAAUUAGGGUAUGGGUAUUGUACUUGACAAGAUUUGAAUCCUGAGACUCACUCAGAAAGCUUCUCUUUUACCACUAGAAUGUUCAAAAAAUGUAGACUUUAAAUUCUAUUUAACAGGACAUAAUAGCUGAUGAUCUUUGUUUAACA